ACCAAAGAGUAGAAGGGACAGGAGGAUGACAGAAGCGCCAGAAGAGGAGAGGCCGAAUCUGCAGCAGGAAAGUUGCUCUGUGUCGGACGGAUGCAUUCAGCACAGAAAUGGGAUUAUUCGGCGUCAAUUGGAGACAAAAGAGGUGAGGGAAAUAUUUGAGUUGGGGCAAAGGUUGGGGAUUCAGUGCCAACACAACGAUGAAGAGGUGAUCUCUCGGCUGGCAGCUUUGGAGGCGAGGGACGAGAUUAAUUCCAGGGGGAGAAAGGAGAUUGCCAAGUUAGUUAGAAAGGAGAGGCCAGAUUUCCUAUUUAUUCAAGAAACUAAAUUAGAGGAAGUGGAUGUUGCGUUGUGUAAAACGUUGUGGAAUUCAGAUGAUUUUGACUGGGUUAUGGGAAAAUCAGUGGGUAGUUCAGGUGGUUUGUUGUCAAUAUGGAAUAAGAGGAAUUUUGUCAAACAAAGGGUGAUAGAAGGAAAUGGCUUUAUCGGGAUUUCUGGUGAAUGGGGAACUCAGCACAUUAAAUGCAAUUUUGUUAAUGUCUAUGCUCCAUGUGAUAGGCAGAGGAAGGCUUCGUUGUGGGAGGAGAUUGGUGGAUUGAUUUUGGAAGAGGGUGGUAGAUGGCUUGUGGCAGGGGAUUUUAAUACAGUUUGGAAUGUCACAGAGAGGAAGGGAAGAUUAGGAGAAACCCAGGACAUGGAAGAUUUUAAUCAUUUUGUGGAGGGGACUGGGUUAUUUGAUGUUAGGUUGUGGAAUAGGAAAUUCACUUGGUAUAGACCAGAUGGAACUUCAAUGAGCAGGCUUGACAGGUUUUUGCUUUCCACAGAAAUGAGUUUGUUGGAUAGAGAUUGGAUUCAAGUUGGUGUUCGAAGAUCAAUUUCUGAUCACUGUGCUAUCAUUUUGACAUCAAGAAAUGUGGAUUGGGGUCCCAAGCCUUUUCGAGUACUUGAUGCAUGGCAACAACAUCCAGAUUUUCAAGAAUUUGUGGAGAAUAGAUGGAAGGCUAUGCAAAUUGAAGGUUGGGCCUCAUACAAAUGUAAACAGAAGUUGAAGCUUUUAAAAGAGGAAUGUAAAGGAUGGAACAGUGGGGUGUUUGGCAAUGUGGAGACUCAAUUUGACACCCUAGUAAAGCAGGUUGAGAGGUUGGAUAAAAAAAGUGAGGAGGAUGGGUUGGACGAGAAUGAGGUGCUAGUGAGAAAGGAGUGUUUUCAGGGGAUGUGGAGACAUGGGUGUAUAGGGAGGGCAGCUGGUGAGGAAGAACAGCUUAAGGAGUUGAUUAAUGGUGUAAAGUUGAAGAUAGACGGAGUAGAUUCAUGGAGAUGGAUUCAUAGUGGAGAUGGUUUAUAUUCGGUAAAGGUGGCGUAUGACUUUUUAACACCGAAAGUAGAGUUACCAACAAUAACCACCACUCCGACCAGAGACAUAGAACUUGAUGUUACUGACCAAACUCCCACCAGUGAUAUACAACUUGAUGUUGCUGACCAAGGCUACGACAAAAGGAACAUUAGGAAACGAGCUUUCGAAGUGAAUCAUCAGCGUGAUGAUUAUGGAGUGGGUGCUCUACUCUUUGAAGCCACCAAACAUGGAAUAGUUGAAUUUGUAAUUGAGCUCUAUAAAGCCAACCCAUCAUUUGGUUUUAAAACUAAUAAUGAUGACAGACUCUCUUUCAUGGUUGCAGUCCAACAUCGCCAAGAAAAAGUUUUUUACCGCAAUUAUGGUGCUAAUGAGGCAUGGAAGGCCGAAAAUGUUAAUAAAUUAGAUAUAGAUGGGAACAAUAUUUUACGUGUGGCAGGAGGUUUGGCUCCUGUUUUAAAUACGUUGGAAUCUCUAGUCCAGUAUUACAGAUGCAGAGAGAACUCCAAUGAUUUAAGAUGAUCAUCUCUCCUUUCCUAUUUAACAGUAGCAUUAAGAAAUUGUUUAACACUAUGAUAAUUUUUAAAAUUUUCUUUUUGUAUAUAAGUGAAGCAAGAUUUUCAUACAACAUCAAACAGUUUCAUGUUUUAACUCCAGGUUGAAAUUCUAUAGUUAAUUUGUUUGGUUAGUUGUGUUGGAAUUCUAAAUUUUUGUGUUUUAUUUGGUUGUAUUUUAACAUUUCAUCCUUUUUAUGAGACUGUGAUAUGAAUAUAUGUACCUUUCCUCGUCUUGAACCAGAGGCUUUACUCCUUGAUUUUUCACUGGUGUUGAGUUGGUUGCUCUGGCUGGCUUCAUAUAUGUUUUUAGUUACAAUAGCUGAAAUGCCAUAUCGACGUUUGUAACUCGAUUCCUAAAUAAAGUUUGGUAUGAGUA